AAUGGCAACACUACUCAAGCGCAGCCAACUUCAUUGACUUCCUUUCUUUCCAAAACUCUGAAGAUGUCGAAUAUCAAGAGGAAGAAGACCAGGAAGCUGCGUGGUCAUGUCAGCCAUGGUCAUGGUCGUAUCGGCAAGCACCGCAAGCAUCCUGGAGGUCGCGGUAACGCUGGUGGUAUGCACCAUCACCGCAUCAACUUCGACAAAUACCAUCCCGGUUACUUCGGUAAAGUUGGUAUGAGGAACUUCCAUUUGCGCCGCCAGCACAAAUUCAGACCAGAAAUCAAUCUGGACAAAUUGUGGUCUCUGGUUGGACCCGAGAAAUUCGCCGAACUGGAGAAGGAGAAGAGCACCAAGGCACCAGUCAUCGAUCUGGUUCAAUUUGGUUACUACAAGCUGCUGGGACGCGGUCACUUGCCCGCUCGCCCCGUCAUUGUGAAGGCCAAAUACUUCUCCAAGAAAGCUGAAGACAAAAUCAAGAAGGCCGGUGGUGUCUGCUUGUUGAGGGCUUAAGUUUUAAGAUUCUUCUACAAAAUAAAAGCAAAUGGAAUACAUUCGACCAUCAAAAAUGUAUUUGUUUUUUAAUAAAUUUAAAAGGAAAAACAA